AUGCUACCCAGGCUGCGCCAGGGCUUUCGAGAAGCAGCACUUGUCGUAGCACCCUCGGCUCCGCUGGCCAGGUACAACGGCUUCAGCUGGACACAAGGCCAUGAGGAUUACGACUCCGUGGUAGGGAGGCAGCUCGAGAUGAAACAGGGACGGACACAUGGCCAGUCGCCCGUAACACGAGAGUUGUUUAUGGGCUUUUUUACGGGCUUAGGGUAUUCUAUUCUCCUUCCUCAGAGUCAUCGACCACAAGGCACGUCGUCGGCUAAGGGGUCGGACGGGCACGCGGAACCAGCACAACCAGAACUGCGAACCGUAGUACCAAAGAAACAAGCAAUCGGAUCAUGGCGAGAUCCGAAGCCUGGCAAGACGGGCUGGUGGGCAGAUUACGCAAGACGUGGAACUGCAAAGGCCGAAAAAGACGAACACGGUGGCAGCCGCACAGACGGGUCAUGA